CUUCGCAGUGACAGCAGAAGGAAUCCGCAGUUCUUGCUUCAACAGUGCUUGAACGGAACUCGGCUUCUCCAGGCUCGAAUCGCAAGUCGCAUAUCCGCAGUCUUUUUUAAUACUUUGCCAAGUCCAGCAAAAUCGUGACAUCAUGAGCGCUCAGAGUCAGAUCCGCCAGAACUACCAUGAGGAAAGCGAGGCUGGAAUCAACCGCAUUGCCAACCUAGAGCUGCAGACUUCCUAUGUCUACCUGUCUCUGGGCUAUUACUUCGAUCGUGAUGAUGUGGCUCUUUCCAAGUUCUCAAAGUACUACCGUGAGCUAUCUGAGAAGAAGCGGGAUCACGCUGAGGAUUUACUAAAAUUCCAGAACAAGCGUGGGGGGCGCGUUGUGCUCCAAGACAUCAAGAAACCUGAUGCCGACGAGUGGGGCAAUGGGACCAAGGCUAUGGAGGUUGCACUCAAUCUUGAGAAGAGUGUGAACCAGGCUCUCCUAGACCUGCACAAAAUUGCUACAGAUCAUGCCGAUCCACAUAUGUGUGACUAUCUGGAGCGCGAGUUCCUUGAGGAGGAAGUUAAGAUCAUCAAGAAGCUGGGCGACCACCUUACCAACCUGAAGCGCGUUAAGGCAGCUGAAGAUGGCAUGGGAGAAUAUCUCUUUGAUAAGCUGACCCUGGGAGACAGUGACUAAGUCCUGUCACUAAAAUGUGUGGGGUGCAUAUUCUGCCUGGCCAGUCGCCCCUUCUUCCCGCUUCUUACUAUUGCUCAUUAAUUGGAAUCCAAAGUUGAAAUGUGAUCUCUGGAAUGUGAUUUGCUUGAUCUGCACAUAAGCAAAAUACAACUUUACUAGCAGCAUUAA